CCAUACAGUGCUGUGGUCAGGUAAUUAAUGCUUUAAGGUAAAUAUUUCUUUCACACAAACAUGGAUGAAAUAAAAGAAAGGUUUGUCGGCAAAUGGAAACUAGAUAGAAGUGAACGCUUUGAAGACUUCUUACAAGAAUGUGGUGUAAAUGUCUUUGUUCGGAAGAUGGCGGGUUUAUCAAAACCAGUUUCUGAAAUCUCCGUGAAGGAUGGUGAUAGAGUACAUAUUUCCAUGGUUGACCAUUUCAUGGCACAGGAAGAUUGUUUUAAGCUUGGUGAGGAAUUUGAAAAGGACAUGUGUGGGAGCAAGAUAGUGGUAAUUGAAUUCUUUCAGUAA